AUGGACGGCGUUUAUGCAACUCUUCGAAUUACGGAACUUCGACCGGAAGCUGAGAAUCAGCCGGGUACACUGGAUUUCAUGCUUAUUCCAGCCUUGUUCCCCCAUGAGACCGCGAGAUGUCCCAAUGAGACACUGGACUGCCUGAACAUGACUUUCGACAGUCACCAACGCGUUUGUAUCAGACCCUUUGAGCGAGCAGCAGAGUUUGGCACUUGCGUGGAGCCGUCUGCACGCAAAGGUGUCCACACACCCCUUUCCAGGGCCAACCUUACAGUCUACCUCGUCGCCGCGCUAGGCUUGGUGGCUGCGCUUAUCCUGGUCGGCACAAUUUGUGUCUGCGUCCACAAGCGGCGUACCCAACAUCGGAUUGCCAAGAAACGCAAUGGCAGAGUCAUACCAGAGCGUUCUGGCAGCGCGAACGAACAGCGGGAGUUCCAGUAUACAAGAGUGGACGAAGAGGCAGUCGACACAGAAAUAACACAACCUCAGGAGGCGUGA